GGUCACGUGACGGUGAUCGAAUGUGUUGUGAUUAUUUCCGAUUUGUAAUCGUCAAGUAUUCCCGUUUUAUUCACCGAUUCCUGACGAAAACUCUUAAUCCAUUAGGCCUGUUGAUCGAGAUGUAGCAAUGCACUGAAGAUCUUUGAUAUUUACCACCUUACGCUGAGUUUCAGCAUCACCUUCUCACCAACAUGGAACGAGGUUGCCGGUACAGGACACUCUUCGAAAGUCUUGACAAGUUGAACAAUCACCGCAGUUCUGUGCGGUCGAAUUCUGAUGAUAUACAACAGUAUCGUUACAAUUCAUCCAAGUUGCUCAACUGCGUCAACACACAAGACAAGUUGAACCGGGACAGUUUAGUGAAGAAUGGUGGCUAUGUUGACACUCUGAUUACAACUUUAGAGUUGGCAUCAGAUUCUACUGUCCUUCAUAACAUAGUGCUGGUGGUGAUUGAGCUGAUUGGAAGAGCUCAGGUUGGAAAGAGAGCAUCCAUAUUCGUCGCCCACGGUGCUACUCAAGUCCUGUUUCAUGUCUUGGUCCAGGAAUCCAAGGAACAAAGCUCACAUCCAGAUUUCAUUAUCUCUUGCCACCAAGCCCUGGCCAAACUUGGACCAAAAGAUCGUAAGUUUGGUGUGAAGGCGCGGCUUGGCCAGGCUCUUGGAGUGACACUCGGCAUGAUAAGGAAUCACCUGUCCGGGUAUAAGGUCCUCCAACCACUGCUGCAUGUCCUGAAACUGUAUUCGGCAAAUGCUGUGAAUGCCUCCUACCUGGGAAAGAAUGGUGCUGUAACCUACUUAUUCAAGAUCCUCCAAAUUUGUGGAAGAAAACAUUUGACCAUUGUCAAACAUGCGCUGGAUACCCUGGGCUUGUUGGUCAAAUCAAAGAGUAAUUCUGCUCGAGCAGUAGGCCAGGGUGGUGUCCCUAUUCUGCUGACCAUGUUUUAUGAUUGGCAUAGGGCGGACACUAAGAACAGACACAUUGCUCUUCGCAAGUCUAUUCUGAGCGUACUUAGACAUAUCAUUAAUCUUAAAUCAGGAAGGAAAGCCCUGAUGGAGGCAGACGGCAUUCGAUUCUUAUACACAGCCUGCCAAGAGUCUGUUGAAGUCCGCGAGCUCGAGAGCCUCAUCUUCACUGCCAGCUUCAUAAUGAGGCGAUGCUUCCCCAAGAACAAGAUGCCAGUACCCGCCGUUAGGAGUACGUUGGUGUUCCCGUUACCCGAGAGCGAUUUCCAUAUCAUUGAAGUGUGCCCAGAAGGUUUGGUGACCAGGGAAGUGGUGCCUGCUAAAAAACCUAAAAAAGCUCUGGCGUCAACAAAGCCACACUCCUCCCCAUUGGCUGCUACUGCUGACGAUAACGGCGAUGAUAGCUCUGUUGACAACGAUGAUGACAUCAGUUCCGAAGAGGACCAAUUGGACCAAAAGAAAAGAGCUGACUCUGAGGAUGAAGAAGUGGGUAAUGAACCACCCUACCUGCGGACUGCCACAGACCUCCAGAUGUACCAGAAGUUUUUCCCGGAGUUGUUUGAGUUCGAGGCUGGAUCUGAUGAUGAAGACACAGCCGAUAAACCAAUUGUGAUCCCAACUGCUGAGUCAGGAAGAGCUACCCUACCACCAACGAGUCGACCCCAGCGUAGUGUCAAAUCUGCUGAUAGCAUUUCUCGACGAAAUCCUAUAUUACAAGACUGUCCUAGCUUGCCGAAAUUUCCUACGUUUAGCACAAGUGAAGAUUGCAGUUCGGUUUAUAAAUUAGACACUAGUUAUCCCUUCGAUUUAGAUUUUCCAAACUCUCGCAAUAGGACUAGUAAAAUCACUGAAAAUAGUGUGAGUGGUAACUCUUCUGAAGGUGCUGCAACGAACUUCAAGUCUGGUGCUACUGUGAUAUCGUUAAGUCCAAAAGUUUCCCCAACGUCUGCCAGGAGACCAUCGAAUUCAGCACUCGGGGCGAAAAGUGGUGUGUCGAAUUCUUCAGCGAGCGGUAGUAGAGGAAGUAAGAAAACAUCUGUCUCAAAAAACCUCAAAUAUCCACCACGUCGUAGGAGUCGGACUCGUUCAGAUGAUGGAAAUGGGUUUUUAGAAUGUAGCGGGUCUUCCAUUUCAUUUGGUGGUGCUUCAUCCGAAACCGGAGAUGAGAAUAUGAUAGACGAUUUUGAAGAGGAAUACGAUUGUACGAAUGAUAGUCCUGAGAUAGUACGAGAGAUUGCCAGUAACACAGUCACGGUUGGCCGGAUGAGUAAGAUUGCGUAUCCAGACUUGCAUGGCCAUCGCCCACCACCGUUUCCUGAGCCACAGUAUGAUAGGAAGUUUGGAGUGCAAAGAGCCAAAAUCUUUGAGGACAUUGACCGUAUGAUAAAUCCCGACACUGUGAUAGAUCGAGUCGUAUACAACAUGGAUGCGUUAGUGUCGUCUGCUCAAGGCACCUACACAUCAGCCUAUAGCAACCUGACGAAUAGAGAUGAGCUGCGUGUGAGCAGGGCCGAGGAUUACUCUGACGCUCUGAAUUUCAAUGCACAGUUUGAAAGUGGCAACUUGAGGAGAGUGAUUCAGGUUCGACAAUAUGAAUAUGAUCUGAUUCUAAGUCCCGACAUCAACACCAAUCAUCAUCACCAGUGGUUCUACUUUGAAAUCAGCAACAUGGAGGCAGGCAUCAAGUACAGGUUUAACAUCGUCAACUGUGAGAAGCCAAACAGCCAGUUCAACUUUGGAAUGCAGCCAGUGAUGUACUCAGUAGCUGAGGCAGUUGCUGGUCGGCCCCAUUGGGUGCGAGCAGGCACUGACAUCUGUUACUACAAGAACCACUUCCUCAGGAGCUCACAAACAACCGGAGGUGUACCAGGAAAGAUGUUCUACACAACUACAUUCACUGUCAAGUUCCAGCAUGAAAAUGACGUGUGCUAUUUGGCCUACCAUUACCCUUACACUUACACUAUGUUACAGACACAUAUCUACAAGUGGGAGAAUGGAAUAGAUGCAUCCAAUAUCUAUUUCCGCAACCAGAGUCUCUGUGAUACACUUUCUGGUAACAGUGUACCAGUGUUGACCAUCACGUCCUACCCACAGUCCAACUCAGCAGAGUCAUUGGAACAAUUCAGGAAUAGGCCCUACAUCUUCCUCUCCGGCCGAGUCCACCCUGGUGAGAGUAAUGCCAGUUGGGUGAUGAAGGGCACCAUCCAGUUCUUGCUGUGUGAUAAACCAGCUGCCCAGGCGCUGAGGGACAUGUAUGUCUUCAAGAUAGUACCGAUGUUGAAUCCAGAUGGCGUUGUCAAUGGAAACCACCGUUGCUCCCUGACUGCCGAAGACCUGAACCGAAGAUGGCUCCAUCCGUGUCCCAAACUUCAUCCAACGAUCUACCACACCAAGGGAUUAUUACAGUACUUACAUAUGAUCGGGAAGAAUCCGUUGGUUUACUGCGACUACCACGGCCACUCCAGGCGCAAGAACACAUUCCUGUACGGUUGUAGUCCGAGCCAGUCCUGGCAGACGGAGGACGUUGAUAAUCCCACAGUCAUUGGUACAAAACUGGAAGAUGUGGGCUACAAGACACUGCCAAAGAUUCUGCAAAACAGUGCUCCCUGUUUCUCACUCAGUAACUGUAGCAACAUAGUUGAGAAGACCAAGGAGGGUUCCGCUCGAGUAGUCGUCUGGCGGCAGAUUAGGAUUGUUAGGAGCUAUACAAUGGAGAGUAGUUACUGUGGCUGUGAUCAGGGACAAUACAGGGGAUUACAUAUCAGUACCCGUGAAUUGGAGGAAAUGGGACGAAAGUUUGCAGAGGCAUUGUUGAAAAUCAAGAACACGCGAUCACGUCCCAGUGACAGUAGCACCACACUUCAGAUUCAGUCAUCAGACACCAGAGAGGACCAAGGGUUGGAACUGCAAGGUGCUACAGCGGGGGAGUUAGUAGACGAUCUGGAUGGCGGGGAGUCGACGUCAAGUGACGAGGAUCAGUAUGAAGAGGACGACGAGGAAGAAGAGGAUGAUAUCGAUGUCUUUUAACGGGAGAGCGUUCACAGACUGUGUGCAUGCCCCAACAGCAGGUAGCUUCCCACUUGUUGGUGAAAUCUACCUGUGGCUAAACUGCUGGCGCUUCUCUGGGUCUGAGUGAUAGACUGAUGUUUGUACUUACUGUCUAACUCUGUCUCAAAAACUGUGAUGUUGUGCUGAAAGGGCAUUGCACACUGCCUGUUAGAUACUGUGAUAGAGAGCUCCCGGGUUCAACUCCUGGUGCAGUCGCUACUCGGUUCCCAAUAAUAAUUCUAAAAAACAGGAAAUAUGUAAAGAGUAUCAUCAUUAACACUGGCUUUGUUUCUGUCUAUUGGUAGAUUUCGUUUAGUUUUGAUGUAAUUGUUGGUCACUAUGGCAUAUCCAUUACUAAAUUAAGUUACAAGUUUAUGUUAAAUACAUGUAGUUCUAUGAGUUAUGAUUCUGGCAUUUCAUUUGAUUUAAUGGCUUGUUCAUAGAUACAUACAGUAUCUAUUGUGUGUUGUUACUUGUAAAAUAUUUUAUGGAAAUAAAUUAUUUUGAUGUA